GAAUAGAAGGCUGCGGUCAGAGUGCUGGAGUUUCUAACAGUAAAAUACUGCCGAUUAGCUGUCUUUUUUUUUUUUUUACUGCAUCAAGUCCGUUUACACUUGACAGGAAGUGGACCGAACCUCCCUCCCUGCGACACACACCCGAACACGCACACGUCGUGACAGGAACGGCUAAAUGUGGACCGCAGUGUUCUGACAGCCUGCAGCAGAGCGCGAUGCAACAGCAUCUCAUCCUCCGUGGCACCGGGUAGCUGCUGCAUAUGCUGAGGCUCCAGAGACACGCAGCAGCGGGUUCUUGUAUGAGGAAUUGGGAUCUAUUGGAGGCAUCCUCUGGGCAUGUUUGUGCACUGGUCGUUAGGCCUGUGUGUCUCUGCUCUGCAUGCCUACGUUCUGGGAGGCAGAAGAAAGACUGUCUAAAAAUAAACUGACAACCACCCGCAGCAGAAAAACCUAAAGCCCAACAAGGGGAAAAAAGAUCUCGCAGUCACCCUGUCUGACUAUUUCUCCCAAUCUCUGCAUUUCUGUGUCCUCAUUAAGUGCUGAGAGGAGGUCAUGUCCCAGUCUGGAAAAGUUCUUCAUCUGUAUGUGGAAGUCAGGUCUGCCCCAACUCAGAACAGAGAGAGUGAAGAAGGGAUUGCUCAGAAGAUUCCAAUUGAGGACAGUCCUGCGGAGCUCCGCUCGCAGCUAUCGAGCCAGACGGCCACCGGAAGGACAGCCACAAGUUCCCAACAAGUUCAGGAUCAAAAUCACAGUCAGUCUCCAUCUCAAAACGCUGUUAACUUUCAGCUUCAAACAGCCAGCCGCUCACCUUCAGUCACCAAGCAAUGGGGUUCACCUCUCCACUCGUCCCCUUUCUCCAGAAGAGUCUUCACCCCUUACACUCCUCCUGAUGGCCAGCGAUCUGUGGUCAGCUUCAGUUAUGUUGAAAAGUCCAACGUAACGAUGGUGGACAGUUCACAUAAUUCCACGCAAGAGAGGCAAGCUACCAAUGAGCGAUCCACCCCAUCCUGCGUUCAAAAACACCUCAGUGACCAAGUGUGGUUUGAAAGUCCUAAUUCAUCGUGCAGCUCAAGCCCCAAACCGAGUUUCCGAUCACCGGAGGGUCACCAGCAGAUGUUCUCCCCCGGCCUUCGACAGCUGCGUUUAGAUCCGAUUGACAGAGCAGCUAGACAGAGGGCUGUGGAAGACUUUGGUUCCCCCUUGUGGAAGAUUAAACAGGCCCACACACUCGAGCAUGCCUCUUCCUCAUGUUACAACCAACAGCAAUGCUGCCAGUCCACAGAGGUCACAGAUCACAGCCAGACUUUUUGUGGGUUGCAGAACAUCGCUAGAUCAGGCCAGCUCUCCUCCAAGACCAGAAAGCCCUCACAGUCCAAAUCAUCUGCUGACCUUCAUUGCCCUCUUCAGAGUUCAGUAGAGAAUGGGACUAUGGCACAAAGUCCAGCUAUCAAAAGACACAAGAAAACUUCUCUGCAGGAACUAAUCCUCCAACCAGGCAAUAAUGGAGCUGAAUGUUUGAACCAGUUGAGCGGUGGCAAACCUUCAUCUCCAGCUCACAGUCCUGAAGUCGCCCACAGGCUAGCAGAGGAGGCUUCUAAAGUAUCUUCAAUGUUCACAGAGGCCAGGAGGUCUUCGUUGCACAAACCUUCAGGAAUGAGCAGCCCAAACUCUGGAGAGUCUUCUCCAGUUGCACAGCACUUGAAGAUGAACAUCCCUUUAAAUGAUCAAAACAUGCCAGCAACUGAAAACACAGACUCUCACCAGCCGGAAAGCUUCAAUACUUAUCAUGACACACAGCAGGAGGACCACUUUCAGGUAGCCCAGCAUCAGAGCUCAGUUUUAUCAGCACAUCAGAGCUCCCCUGCCCUGCCCUCACGAGUCCUUCAUCCUUCUUAUCCUCCCACUGAGAUCAGCUCUCCCAUCAGAGACCCGAGGCUUUUCCAAACUGAACUCUGUCCCCCAGACAGCCCCACCCUGCAUCGCUACCAGUCUCCUCAGUACACCGGAGACUCCUGGUCCCCAAGCCUGGACAGAAGAGGAGACCUGAGCUAUUUUGAGAAAGGGGACUGCACAGAGCUCUCACGUAGGCUCUUUAUCAAUCAAAGCUUUGAAGAGGGACCAGUCAGCUGGACAUCCAGGCAGCAGUGGAGGAACCAGUUAGAAAACUGUUCCAAGCCUGGGUUUAAGUCCAGCAGUCACCAACAAACCAGCCAACCGAGGCGACCACUCAGCCCCACAGCCCAGCGGAAACGGGCUGAGCAGAGAAGGAGAGAGAUUCUUCUGCUGGGACCAGUGGCACUGGACUCUGAAGAGGAGGAUGAGGGCAGUGAUGAAGAAGGGAAUGGCAAAGAGGCACAGGGAUGCCAUUCCAGGAGGGCAGGAGAAUCUCCAGAGGUGGAGCAAAAAGGAGUCAUGACCGGUUCUUCCUCUCGAAGCUCCAGUGGGGUGACGGGGAGCUUCGGGGACAGAGACUGUUUAUCCCCUGAGUCCAGUCAGUCUAGUCACCAGAGCAAUGAGACCGGUGCUGCAACUUCAGGAAUACAGACAGACAGUGGAAGUGCAGCUCCUGUUCCUUCACUGCACUGUCAGAAGAUUGCACGAGCUAAAUGGGACUUCUUAUUCGGGACAUCUGCAGAUGAGACUGCUGGCAAAAGGAAUAAAAAUUUCUUGGAAGCCUUUACAGCUCCUCCCAGUGGUAAUUCCAGUGAGUCUCCCACCCCAACUCCUCCAUCCUCCCUGCCUCUGGUGUCCGCCAAUCACGAUGUUCAGCACGUGGAGGUAGAACUGGUGACUCCUCCCCCUGCUGACAUUGGGAUGUCACACAAAACCGGCAUCAUUCGCCGAACACUGAAGUAUUCUGAAACUGACCUAGAUGCCAUCCCGCUCCGCUGCUACCGCGAGACGGACAUUGAUGAAGUCUUGCUGGUGGAGCAGGAUGACACUGAUUCAGCCUUCGGUAGCAACCGCAGUGUGCAGGGCACAUCUGGGAUGGGGAGCAGUCUUCUGAGGGGGCUGGCUUAUGGGAGGACAGGUGGGGAGGAGGAAGAGGAGAGAGAAGGGGGAAGUGAGGAUGAAGAAGCAAAGAAUGAUGAGGAGGAGGAAGAGGAAGAAAUGGUGAGCUGGGCAAGUGUGAGAAUGCAAGGCGAUAGCAGAAAGCAGCGGUAUGCAGUUGAAGAAGACCCAAAGGUGUUUGGACAACUUCUAAUGAGACCCAUGGAAACCUUUUUUGACAACCACAACCCAACCCUGAAAUCCCCCAUCUUGGUCUGUGGUCCCCGCUGUGCCACUGAGGACACCUUCAGCAGCCACUUUGAGAGCAUCAUGGAGUCCCAUCGAGCCAAAGGGACCUCCUACAACAGCCUGGACAGCGAGGAUCUGCUGACCUCCAGCACCCAAACUGUUCUGAGCUUCGAUCUGCCUACACUGACCCCCGCCAUCCACGGGCUGGUGUGCCAGAGUGCCCGUCAGAUUGUGCAGCUCAGCUUCGCCCCACUGGCACACCACGAGAGGCCCAGCCUCUCUGAUUCUAUCUUUACACUGAUGGGGGACUCAGACGCCACUCGGGCUCCUUCCAGUGAGAGACUAAGCAGCGGCUCGGAUGAUGUGAUUCCAAGAGGGCGAGAGUGUGCACAGCUGGGGAGCAGCUGGUACAUCAACCCAUCCAUCUCUUUGUCCAGCAGGGAGAAGGCCCGUCUAGCAACAGACUCAGAGCUGGACCAGGACCUCAGUGACCGGCUGGGUCUGAGCAGUAGUGACACCCUCACCAACGGCAGCCACCGUGGCGAUGCGGCAGCUGCCAAAAGACUGGCCAAGCGUCUCUUUCACUUGGAUGGAUUCAGGAAGUCUGAUGUGUCACGCCACCUCAGCAAGAACAAUAACUUCAGCUGUAUGGUUGCAGAAGAGUAUCUAAGUUUCUUCACUUUUACCGGCCUCACUCUUGACCAAGCACUGCGGACUUUCCUCAGGCAGUUUGCUCUGAUCGGGGAGACUCAGGAGAGGGAGAGGGUGCUGUCACACUUUUCCCGGCGCUACUUGGAGUGCAACCCAAAAUUCCUUCCAUCUGAGGAUGCAGCUCAUACGCUCACUUGUGCCCUGAUGCUGCUCAACACUGAUCUACAUGGUCAGAACCUUGGCAAAAGGAUGUCAUGCACGCAGUUCAUUGGCAACCUAGAAGGUCUGAACGAUGGUCAAGAUUAUCCCAAAGACCUGCUCAAAGCACUCUACAACUCAAUCAAGAAUCAGAAGCUGCAAUGGACGCUAGAUGAGGAAGAGCUGCGGAAGUCAUUUUCAGAGCUCGGGGAUAGUCUCCUGGACUCUGACGCUUCCAGGCCGAUGAACAGGGUUGGUAGCAGUUUGAAGCCCCUGUCAGAGGGGACAGAGCCAACGGGAAUGCUGCUUUAUAAAAACGGAUUCCUGGUUCGGAAAGUCCACGCCGAUUCAGAUGGAAAGAGAACACCAAGAGGGAAGAGAGGCUGGAAGACCUUUUAUGCCAUCUUUAAAGGGCUAAUUCUGUAUCUCCAAAAAGGGGAGUACCGGCCUGAUAAGCAGCUCUCGGAUGAAGACCUGAAGAAGGCAGUGUCCAUCCAUCAUUCUCUGGCAAUGAAGGCAUCAGACUACAGCAAGAGACCCAACGUCUUCUACCUGCGGACUGCUGAUUGGAGGGUGUAUCUCUUCCAGGCACCGAACGCUGAGCAGAUGCAGUCUUGGAUCACACGUAUAAACACAGUGGCCGCCAUGUUCUCAUCUCCUCCCUUCCCAGCAGCUAUUGGCUCCCAGAAGAAGUUCAGCCGACCAUUGCUACCAGGAACAAUGUCAAAACUUUCAGAGGAGGAGCAGAUGAGAUCUCAUGAAGCUCGGUUCAGGGCCAUCUCAACCGAGCUUGCCGAACUGCGCUCUUUUCCUCCUGACCGCAAAGUCAAAGGACGGGAGCUGGAAGAGUACCGGCAGCGAGAUGAGUAUCUGGACUUUGAGAAAACACGGUAUGGGACAUACAUCAUGCUGCUGCGGGCCAAGAUCCGAAGUGGUGAGGAGGACUUGUCUGUGUUUGAGUCCCUGCUUCUCGAGGACAACAGCCUGCAGAGGGCACAUUCCAGCCCCACACUGCAGGACAGCAGCCAGGCCAGUCAGGCCAGCAGCAGCAGGGGAAAUAGCAGCAAAGCCAGCGGCUGUAGCAGCAAGCCUCGACAGGAAGGCCAGAGACAUAGCUACAGACAGGCUGUCAAGAAGUGAAGCACGGCAGGGGCGCCGGGAGCGGCAUGAUGUCGCACUGCCAGCGGACGGCUGUCUCCCAGCAAAGGCUUUUAUUUGAGAUCCAGGAGGGUUAGGAGCUCUGCUUGAAGGGGGAGCAGGAGUGUGGGUUUUAUCCCACACCCUCCCACAAUCAUGAUGCCCCACCUGGCACCCCAGUCUUCUCGUGUAACCUGAGAAGGUGCAGAUCCAGCGAGGAUAUUGGUGCAGGAGGUGGGGGGAACAGCUGUGAGGUCAGAGAUGUGCAAAGAGGAGGUGUCUUUGAGAAUGAAUGCUGGAUGCAGCAGCAGUGGAUGGCACAGUUCCUUAAAAAGGCUGCUUCCAGAUCAAGUGGGACACCACAGGGACCUACAUCCAGCAUCCUUUCCUUUCUCCCGCCUUUCUUCUUUCAGGGCACCUUUCCAGCCACAUCCUCACACUUUUUCUUGAUGUUUCACGCUGUUAGGGACCAAACAUGUUUACACUCUUUGAGAUCACAUUCUAGAUGAGUAAGGAUUUGAUUAUAGUUGAACCUUCACCACCAGUCUGAUGUGAAGCACUGUAAUAGACUUUUAAAACAUCACAACGUUUUUGGAGCCUCUAGAUUCCAGCUCCUUAUUUCUGUUUAUGCCACAUCCUCACGAUGUGUUCACAUUCCACAUACAAGUUGAGAAUCAUAGUUUUUAGCUCCAGUGAGGGUGGUGUGAACUUCAGUCAGUAUUGCUGCAGCGUAUGCCAUGAUGAGACAACACGGCUGCUCGUUUUUUCUGUCCAGUUAAGGCCAACAUCCACAGACGUACGCGGUGCUCCUUUUGUGCAGCUACAAAACUGCAUCUCAUGGAAAGAGAGAUGUUCUUUUUCCGCUCUACUUGAACAUAUCUUUUUUCCUGGUUGCUUUUGCUUCUGUCCAGUGACGUGCUUCAGUUCUCUUUCUUGGGCAAAUGUUUGUUUUUUUCCAGCUGUGAUACGCAUGCCUGCAUCCAGCACAGCUUCUCUUAGGGCUUUGACUACUUAGACAUAAAUAGAAAAAAAGAGUGUCCAAAUUUCUCUCUGGGGCUGUUCUAUCAUUUUCCUACCUGUGCCAUACCCUACACGUGUAACUUCCUGUCUGUACCGCUCAUUUUCAAGACGACACUCACCGGGCAGACCCUGAAUGUUGAUAUUUUUAAAGUAUUUUUCAGUCAUCUGUUGUUGUUGAACCCUCCCCCUUCUGUGUAUGAGCAUAUGGUCAAAUAUGAUAAAGGAAUCAUGUUAUCCAGAAUGUGUUGUACAGCAUAUAAUGCACCUGCUUAUAUUGUAGGAUAUAUGACAGUAUAUUUGCAAUAUAUCCAGUACACUAUUGUGAAAAUGCAUUAGGAGCAAACAGAAAAUAACUUGCCAGUCCCAAACGGACUGAAUGAUAAUCAUGUGAUUUUGUUUUUUUUUUAUAAUAAAGUAUUUAGCAAAGCCUAUCACAGGUUAGAAAGGUUAUUCUUGACAGGUUACAUUGAUUUAAUCAGUUGCAUUAGAAAGCUUUCCAAAGCUGAAACCUAUUAGCAUGAUUUCAUUUGAAUUGGGGCUGAGAAUGAUAGGAAAUAUGCAUGAAAAGAGCAAGGAAUAUAAAGAAUUGACUGAAAAUGAAAGAACAGGAAAGAUGAUAUGACAAAGAAGUUUUGGAAUAUGUUAUGGGUAGAAUUAUCUGGGUAUUAUUUAGUAGCCAUAGACACCUCAUAGCAUACAGGUGUUUGUCAAUAAAGUAAAAUAAUCGAAAAGUUUAUUUAUUUCAGUAAUUCAAUUUACAAAGUGAAACUCAUAGAUUUGUUAUAGACAGAGGGAUAUAUAUAAAUGUUAGUGAUUUUUACUUUCAGCUAAUAAAGUUUAUUGUCUCAUUUCCAUAUUAAUGGAAAGUUGAUUGGAAGGAAAAGCGUGGUAGAAAAUUAUUUUUAUACACAAAAUGUCAGCCUGCAGAACAGUUUGUCCAUGUUUUGUGAGAUAUACGCACUAAGUACAUGGUCAGGGCUCCUUUUGCGUGAAUUACUGCAUCUGUUCAGUGUGAUAUAGAGUGGGUCAGCCUGUGGCACUGCUAAGAUGUUAAGAAAGCCCAGGUUGUCUUUCACGGUGUCCUUCACUUCGUCUGUAUUGUUGGUUCUGGUGUCUCUGAUCUUCCUCCUGACAAUGCUUCAUAGAUUCUCUGUGAGGUUUAAGUCAGGGCAGUUUGCUGGCCAAUCAAACACAGUGAUACCAUGGUUUAUUAAAGCAGAUUUGGGCCCUUUUGGCAGUGUGAGCAGGUGUUUAGUCUUGUCCAUAGAGGAAAACAUGAAACAUUACUGCAUGAAGCUAUCUAAAAUGUCCUGGAAGAUGGCUUAGCUGACUGGACAUGAUAAAACAUAGUGGACCAACAGCAGCAGAUGGCAAGGCUCCCCAAAUUAUCACUGGGCAUGGAAACUUCACACUGGCCAAGCAUCUUGGAUGUGCCUCCGUAAUUGUAUUUCAAAUUCUGCGCCCACGAUUUUGAAAUGAAAUGUUUUUGUUGAAAAAGCAUUUAACGUUUGGUCACUCUGCAAAAGUCCAAGCUUUUUCCUCAUUAGUCCAGGUACGAUGGUUCUUUGCUGGUUCAGGAGGCGCUCAACACUGUGUUAGAGACACAUUUCCUGGUUAUGUCUGUGUAUGGUGGGUCUUAAAGCAGCUUUUGUCUCCCAAUGUUUUUCCCUCUACUCAACUUUCUAUUAAUAAACUUAGAUACACCACAGGCAGCUUUUUUAUGAGUGACUUAACCCCCUUGUGGAGGGUCAAGUCAGCUGCCUUCCCCAUGAUUGUGUUGGCCAUAAAAUAUGUAUAUUAAAAACCCUUUGUUUCCUGGUCUGAUGUAAUAUUCAAAUUAUCUGAGAAACUGAAUUUCCGGUUUUCGUUAGCUGUAAGCUAUAUUGAAAAUUACCAGAAAACCAGGCUUGAAAUAUACUACUCUGUAUGUACUGAAUCUAUGCAAUAUGAGUUUCACUUUUUACUUGAGUUUUCAAAAUAAAUGUACUUCUGAAGAUAUUCUGAUUUAUUGAGAUACAGCUGUAGUUGAUGCACAGCCAUUUUCUACUCAGGCUUUUGAGCAGCUGCAGUGCCAGCGUCCAACCAGCAGGGAGAGCUGUCAGCUUUCACUUGUAAAUUUGUUUUCAGCCAUAAUCACACCUACUGCACCUGCAGUGAAUAUGCACAGCAUCUCCCACUUACCUGAGGAAGGGGAUGGGGACCGCAGGGCUACACAACGCACAGGACCUGUUUGGAAGCUGCAGUGCAUGCUGGACUGUGCUGGAUGCUUCAAGGAACUUCAAGGCGCUUUGGUUUUGUUUGUACAGCUUCCAUCCAGCAUCAGUUCCAUAAAGCAUGAGUUAUAUCAGAGUGUACAGUUUCUAAAAUGAAUGAAUUAGUAUUCAGGCUUCAGCACUGCACGGUGUUAUUGUCUCAGUAACGUUUCUGUUGCAGUGCGGCUUUUUAUCACCUGUAACCAUUAAACAACAAUUCAUCAUUUCCAAGUUUUGCUUUUGACGAUUUAUGUCUUCUUUGUCUUGACUGACAUUAAAAUAGAAAGACAAUGUGAUGGUUGUUUUUCCUGUUAUGGAAGUCACAGUACUUAAUCAGUUUAACAGAAAAUGUUUGUAAAUAAUGGCUGCUUUGUAAUCAUUCUCCAUCAUAUUUUUGGCUGCAAGCACCAUUAUCUUAUUGCUUAACUCUGCAGUUGUGGCAAAACUGUUAGAAAUAUCAAAAAAUAAAGAUCUCAGAAUUACCUAGCUACAAAAGCCAACAACAGCCUGAUUUACUCUGACAUUUUACCCUAUCGUAACAAUGCAGCUGCAGCUUGAUUCUGCUGUUUCAAUUGUAAAGGUUACCAACACAAGGUAUACUAAAAAAAUCUUUCUAAGUUUUAUUUAAAUUUUGUUAGCUGUGUAGUUAUCAUGAGAUGGUUUUUGCAAUUUCUAAUUCACAGCAGCAAAAAGGGGUUUGGCCCUAUCGUUGAUUAAAUAUUGCUAACAACUAAAUAAACAAACAAACAAUAAAUAUAAACAGCAACCUUUUGUUAGUUUUUAUCUGUCCAUGACUUCUGUUUUAUCUUUAAUUGGACAAAAAUCCUAUUGUUACACAUUUUUAUUUGGUUUCUGGAGAUUAACUAAAUUUUUGAACCACAGCAUUUUCCUGCUUUUCCUUUCCAUGUUUAACUUGAUGAAUUUGAUCUAAAUUGAUGUGCUAUAUAAAACAUCACCUCACUGUGUUUUAUAUAGCUAUCAGCCUGCAUGCAAAAGGAAAACUAACAGUUCCCAUCACCCUGAACACACCAUCCCCAUAGUCUUGGCAGCAUCAUGCUGCGAGUGACAUUUUCUCCAGUAAGGACAGUUCAUGUGAUAAUGGAUGGAGUUAAAUACUGGUCAGUACUGAAAGAAAACCUGUUAGAGGCUGCCAAAACUUGAGAAUGGGGUGGAGGUCCACCUUCCAGCAGGACAACAACCCCAGACAUCCAGCCAGAGUCAGAGCUGUCAGAAUCUUGACGUUUAAGCUACUAGUGAUAUACACCAAAAGAUUUGCAGCUGUGAUUGCUAGAAGAGGUGGAAGUAUUGAUUAAGGGGGGCAAUUUUGGAUUAUAAUUUGUAAAAAUUUUGAAAACCAUGUAUGCCUUUUCUUUCACUUCAUAAUCAUGCACUAAAUUGUUUUGGUGUAUCAUAAAAAAUCUCAAUUUAAUUUUGGUGAUUGCAAUAUGAUAAAAUGUGAAAAGGUUCAAAGCAAGGGACAGUAACAUCAAUUAAUAAAUAUCCCCAAACGAAGGGAUCAAACCUUAAACAAAGUAACAACUAGUGCAUUACAUCUAAGCUUGUACAUGUACCUGGAACAAUUAUUAAGAAAACUAUCCAGAAUUUGUUGUGAUACAUUAACUGUUUUGAAUUAAACUAAAAAGUCAGCAAUGAAUGAAACAGAAAGCAGCAGCUUAAAACAAUUUGUGAAAGUUACAGUUGCAGGAUCCAGCUAUUAAAGAAGCAGUCCACGCCUGCAACUGCAGUAUUUCAGGGUGAACUGUCUUUUAAAUGUUUCCAUCACUCAUAAUUUCAGAAUGUAAAUGAAGCAUGUUCAUAUGGCCUGCUUUUGUUUAUAUUAGAGCAUUGAAUGAAGAAUUCAUACUUUAGGUAGGUCAACGUGAUUUACUGUCUUCAAGCUCAUGCUCACAUUUAUUUUUUUCUAUCGACAAAGGAAAUAGCUAUAUUUAUUGCUGUUCUACGAUGUCGUGUUUUAGAGGUUCCGAAAAAUCUUUUUACAUGUAAGGUUCUGAACCGUCUCAGUGUGUUUCUAGACUGGUGCAGGUAAGACAAUGUUCUUUUUAUGCUAAAACAGUGAGCUAAAUGUGUCACUGCCUUGUUCAGUCUCACCAAGCAAAUGUUGUUUGUGAGCUUCUCAUUUUUGGGAAUUCUAGAGGAUAAAAAUAAAAGUGUUUGUAAAGGUC